AAAGACAACAUUUCCAACUAACCCAAAAAAGAAGAAAAAGACAACAUUUGAUUUCAUCCUUAAAAAAUGAAAAGAAAAAGCAAAGACAUCAUCAUGGAUUCGGAUUCAUGGAGCACGUGUCCCUUCUGCGAGUUAUCAGUUCCCUCGCAUCAACUCCAACGGCAUGCCAAUGAUCAUUUUCAUGAUCCCUCCGAUGAUGCUGAUCACAUGCUGCUCCAACAGAGCAGACAAUCAGUCAGUGGCUCGGGGUACGAAGCAGUUUCUGGAGAUUGUAACUAUCGGUAUGGUGGUGAGACUAGUAGAGAUAAUGGACAAUGCAAAAUGGAUGAACAAAUCUCUUGCUUGAUUGGUUUACAGACAAGGGGAAACUUUUACAAAGUUGAAUUGGGUUUGACGACCUUGUUGAGAAAUUGUUUGGAGUCUGAAACUGAGAAUUUGAAAAGCAUUUUGUCCGGUUAUGUUGAUCAUUUCCAGAGCCUUGAUUCUGAGGAUGCUGGAUGGGGUUGUGGAUGGCGUAACAUUCAAAUGCUGAGCUCUCACUUACUAGCACAGAGACAGGAAGCAAGAGAGGUUUUGUUUGGUGGUUCGGGCUUUGUUCCUGAUAUCCCGUCAUUGCAAAGAUGGCUUGAGAUUGCUUGGGAAAAGGGUUUCGAUGCCCCAGGAGCUUCUCAACUUGAUCAUGUUGUUUACGGUUCAAAAAAAUGGAUAGGAACUACUGAGUGUGCUGCUCUCUUGCGUUCUUUUGCACUUCGAGCAAGAGUAGUGGAUUUCGGUCCUAAGGAGGAAUCCCAAUCCAUUGUAGGAACAAGUGUUGAUAAGGCUGUGGAUAAAGCAAGAAAUGAUAAGACGGAUAACAAUGAAGUUAAAAAUAGCGAGGCUUAUCAAGUUCUAAUGGAUUUUGUUUGGAAUUACUUUUCUAACGAAAACACAAUUCAAUUCGGUCAGCAGCAUGUUGUGAUCAGUGAGAAAACGCCCUUAUACUUUCAACAUGAUGGUCACUCAAGAACAAUAGUUGGAGUUCAAGCCAAACAUCAACAGAAUGGAUAUCUAGCGUAUAAUCUCCUAGUUUUGGACCCUGCUCAUAGUACGCCUGCUCUUGAAAGAUCACUAAAGAAGAAAAUCGGAUGGCAAAAGCUCGUAAAAAAGGGGAGGAAUACAUUGAAGAAGCCACAAUACCAGUUGUGUUACGUUGAUCCCGGAAUUGCUAGUGAGGAAGAGAUGGAAAACCUGAAGACAAUUGAUAGUGUCUUCCUUGAAUUAUAGGAAAACAUAUAAAGCACUUUUCUACAUCCAGAUAUCAGAUUUUUGUAGAAGUAUCAACCUAUGAGGUUUCGUCAAAGCUCUGCAGUCUGAAUAAUCUUGAAUAAAGUCCUGCAUCCACUGCUAUUAGGGUUGAGUGGGAGCCCGUCUCUACAAUUCUACCUUUUUCCAUGACGAUUAUGGUAUCCGAGUUUCUGACUGUUGAAAGUCUAUGAGCUACUGUGAUCUGGGUGAUUCUUGAACACAAACCACUUUCUUCCUUCAGAUUCAAUGCUUUAAUUGCAUUUACUAUAGUUCUUUCGGACUCAGCAUCGAGGGCACUCGUUGCUUCAUCAAGGAGUAAUAUUGCUGGCUUCUUUAGUAAGGUUCUGGCAAUGGCUAUUCUUUGCUUUUGUCCUCCUGAAAGCUGACAGCCUUUCUCGCCAACAACAGUGUCAUAUCCAUUUGGUAGAUUACUUACAAAUUCAUGUAUAUUUGCUUCUCUUGAAACCUCCACAAUUUCACUUUCAGAAGCUGCUUUAUUGCCAUAGCAAAUAUUGUCUCUAAUUGAGCAGUUAAAAAGCAGUGGCUCUUGUUGUACCAGCCCUAUCUGUGUCCUUAACCAUCUUAGAUUAUAUUCCUUCAAGUCUUUCCCAUCAAUUAAUACUUUUCCCAUCACUGGAUCAUAAAAUCUCAGUAAAAGGGCCAAUACCGAUGAUUUUCCAGCGCCACUUGGUCCUACAAAAGCGACCUUUGAUCCGGCUUCAAUUUGUAAACUGAAAUUUUCGAGAACGGUCACUUCAGGUCUUAAAGGGUACUUGAAAUUUACAUUUUCAAAUUCGACAUUUCCUUGGAUCCUCUCAGGUUGGGAAUCAUCCGGUAUAUCUGGUUCAAUUUCAGUUUUACGGUCAAAGGUUUUGAAUGCUGGGGUAAGCAUAUUGAUGGCAGUGAUGACAGUUGGGAUCAGUGUGUAUAAUUCUGUGAUAGAAGGAACUGUGAGUGAAAAAAUUUGGUAUGCUCUUAUUCCAUUUUCAAAGGUGGCUUGACGUCUGUCAACCAGAAUUGUUGUGUACCACAAAGCAACCACGUGUGCAAUGUUCCACAAGCAAAGGGAGAAGCCUUGAAUGAUGCCGUAUUUGAUACUUUCUUUCCUGUAUUUUUUCUUUGGAAUGUCCAGAUAUAUUUUGGCUUUUUUCAGUACUUGUUCUUCAUGACAAAAUGAUGCAAUAGUUCUUAUGUUGGUCGUGGACUCAGACGCAAGAGCAACAAGGUCUGAAUGUGUAGCAGAAUAGUCACCUGAAAAUCCUUUGGCAGACUUGGCUUGAAUGAGACCACCUAUGAAGUGGCAGGGCAUCACAGCCCAUGCUACCAAACCCAUUCUCCAGUUGACAUACAUGCUAACACCUGUUGCUAUAAGUAUGGAGGAAACACAUUGCACAAUCACAGACAUGCGAUCAGCAAUUACGAUUUUGACCAUGGCAGUAUCACUGAUGAUGCGUGAUGUUAAUGAGCCGACAGUGUUCUCAGGUUUGUCAAACCAGCCUACUUCGUUACUAAGCACACCUGUAAAAGUUAAAUGAUUAUCGACUGAUGUUUGUUAAAUCACACUGGAAUUUUAUGUAUAUGUUGAACU